GAAUUGUAUCCGGGCGGGGGAGGGUAGAGACGACUUUUGCGAGCUUCACCCGUAACCCAAAUAGCCCCGGUUAAAAAAAAAAACACCCACAAAAAACACCAAACGGCAGCGGCGUCCCCAGCGGCGACUCGCGCAUGCGCAGGCCACUCCCCGUCAGUGAAGGGGAGAGCGCCGGAGGCGGCCAGCUGGCUCAGGAGCUGCUACCGGGGGCCAGGAUGGAUGAGGACGUACUGACGACCCUGAAGAUCCUAAUCAUUGGGGAGAGCGGGGUGGGCAAAUCCAGCCUUCUGUUGAGAUUCACAGAUGAUACCUUUGAUCCAGAGCUUGCAGCAACAAUUGGUGUUGACUUUAAGGUGAAGACUAUAUCAGUUGAUGGAAAUAAAGCUAAGCUUGCAAUAUGGGAUACAGCAGGUCAGGAGCGCUUCAGAACACUGACACCCAGCUAUUACAGAGGUGCACAAGGUGUUAUAUUAGUUUAUGAUGUCACAAGAAGAGAUACUUUUGUUAAGCUGGAUAAUUGGCUAAACGAAUUGGAAACAUACUGCACAAGAAAUGACAUAGUAAAAAUGCUAGUUGGAAACAAAAUUGAUAAGGAAUACCGUGAAGUUGAUAGAAAUGAAGGGCUGAAAUUUGCACGGAAGCAUUCCAUGUUAUUUAUAGAGGCUAGUGCAAAAACCUGUGAUGGUGUACAAUGUGCCUUUGAAGAACUUGUUGAAAAGAUCAUUCAAACCCCUGGACUGUGGGAGAGUGAGAACCAGAAUAAAGGAGUAAGGCUAUCACACAGGGAAGAAAGCCAUGGAGGAGCAUGUGGAGGAUAUUGUUCUAUGUUAUAAACUCUGGGAAGGUCUAUCUUUUGUGUUUUUGAUCAGAUAGUGUCAUCUUUCUGUAUAUAAACUUCUUAACUGCUAUUUUAGGGACCUUGCAGUUUGCACAUAUUUGUUUUGUAUCAUGGCGAACAUUUAUAAGAAAACACUCAUCAGCUUUCCCAGGUAAAAAUGUUUAUGGUAAGCAUGCACAAAUUGCAACCUUCAGUCUUUUAUGUAACAUAAAAUGGGUGUGCAUUAGCAGGUGCACUCGAUUUUAUGACCUACAUUCAUCAUGUAUUUUUUUUAAUCCAUCCAACAAAUAUCUGUUGUAAAGCUGUCUGUCUGCAUUUUGGUCUCCUUUUUUGGUUAAUUUUGUCUGAUUAUUGGAUUGCUUUGUAUAACUCCUAGAAACCCUGGGAGCUAUAAGUAUAACAGAUCUAUUCCUGAUGAAUUCCUUUGCAGGUUUAACAGCAUGUUCUUACAGCUUCUCUAGGAAGUUGAUGUUAUAGCUUUCUUUUUUAAAAAUUUUUUUUGGGGGUUAUUUAGCAAAAGCUCAAGACGCGUUAUGGCUGCGGCGAAUUUAUAGUCACCUGCAUUUGUCUGAUGAUGCUUCUGAACUAGCAGUGAAAUAACAGAAUUGGGACCUACUUUUUAAUUCACUUCAAUAAAUAACUCAGUUGCUUAACUGGAGUUUUAAUCCUGUGAUAUAUACCUUAGAUUCCUGGCACUUUUGCACUGCAGGUUUUAUAGUGCAGUGUCUGAUAGUGACAGUCGAGUUCUUUCCCCCACUUUGUUUCCAGAGAGAUAUGAAAUUAGUGUGUUCAUUGUGAUUUGUUCAUAUAGUACUUAGCACAUUUAAAACCAACUCUUUUUCUUAAAUGUUGGUAGUGUUUGCCCAAGUAUCUCAACUAUAGCUUGUUUAAUGUUAUGAAGAUAUGUAUCGUAUGAUCGCUUUAAAUGGCUAGUUGAUAUUCUGAACCUUAUUUCUAUGUUUUGGGGGUCAGGGAGAAAAGCACGAAGUGACAGUUUGAGAAAAGGUGUUAUAUAGCUUCAGGAUUCUGAUGUGUGGGGAAAUACUGUUGCAAUGAAAAUCUUGAAUUUACUGUAACAAGUAGCAGUGGUUUAUCAAAACUAACUUGUACAGACUAAUAAAUCUUUUCCAAAGUAUUCAAUUUUCUAA